AUUUUGAGUUUAGCAUCUUAGUUAAAUUGUUUCUGAUGUAGUCUGGUUACAUGCAGAAAAAAGUUAAGACGUUUUAGUAAAUUGAUAUGUAAAAAUCAUGAGGAAGAAAUUUUGCUGUUGUCGUAGUGUCUCGAAGUGUGCUGCAAACUUUCUCAGCCGCAGAAUUAUGAACAUCUUUGCAUUGUUUACUAUCACUCUAUCAAUCAGAUGACUUAGAAAGGACGGCGACGAAUUGUUAUAGGACGUCAUCGAGGAAAAUACGUGCCAGGGGAUUUUUUUAUUUUUAGACAUAUUCAGAAAUGAGCCUUUAUAACUUUUUUCGAAAUAUAUUUGGCUUGCCAAAGAAACCUGACGAGGAGGAUCCAUUCAGGAGGGGGAAUUACAACUAUUCUCCAGAGGAUUAUGAAAGGAACACAUGGAUUAAUGAUCAUUAUGAGGAUGAUGACAUUGAAGAGAUGGGACCAUUAGAAGAACAGCCAUUUGGUUUUAAAAUUUUUUCCAGUCCUCUUGAAAUUCAUCGUUUUUUUGAAAAACAAAUGAAUGAAAUGAUGAAAACUUUCCAAAUGUUUGACUCAGAUCCUAUGAUUGGUAUUGGAGAUUUCCAUUCUAUUGAGCCACCUAAUGAUGAUGAUGAUGAUGAUGAUGAUGACAACGAUGGAGGCCGAAGAACUGGUAGGAGUUUAAGAGAUGAAUUAUUUAAACCUGGAUAUCAGUAUAAGCAUCCAGGUGUUAAAGGGUACUUGGAAGACAAGAAAGAAGAUAAUGAUUUAGAUGAGAGUAUGAAAGGUUCAACUCUGGGUGAAAUACUAGAUGCGAAGCCUUCAUUAAGAAUUGGUGUUGAUGGGGAGGAACUGCCAACACGAGGACCACAGAUAAGAGUCUUUGGGAAAAGUGUAACAAGUAAAACUGUUUGCAAACCUGAUGGCUCUGUAGAACAUCAUAAAACUGUUAGAGACAAUCAAGGCAAUGAAGAAACAAUUGUAACACGGCAAAUUGGAGAUAAGAAGUACACAGUCAUCACCCACACUGAUGCCAACGGUGUGAUUAAGAGGAGUGAGACCUUCCAAAAUAUGGAUGAAGGUGAAGUUGAAGAGUUUAAGAAGAAGUGGAAUAUCAAGCCUGAGUUGGACAACAAAAUGACAAAAGAUGGCAUUGACUUUAAAAAGUUUUUUAGCUUCUGAAUUUUUGUACAUAAUAUGUAUAUGAAUUUAAUUAUGAAUGAAUAUAGUCAAGAGUUGUGGAAACUUGAUGAAAGAAUUGUAAUAAUGUAAAUAUCAUAUCACAGUAUUAUUCUGUUGUACAUUUCAAUCAGUAAAUUUAAUUUGCAUGUCAAUAAACCAAAACAUUA